UACAGGAGACGAGCAGUCGCGUUUAGCAUUUUGUGCGUUUACAACCUAUAUCCAGCCAAUCAAUUAUUGACUUUCUUAUCAGCUAAUAAUAAUAUUCAAAAUAAUCUGAAGCUUAUUUUUCAUUCAGAAUAAUUAUUUUUGUGCGCUAAUAUGGCAUCAGAUGUUACUUCAAAUAUAAUCAACCUAUUAAAAUCUCGAGCGAAAGAUAAAUCAUUUAUUAUAACUUCAGUGAUCCUACUUAUUUUAUUUAUUAUCAUCGAUAACGAGUUAUCAUCAGAGAACGAAGAUUCAAUGAAUGACGUGUCCUGCCAUUACGAAUAUGAGGCUGACGCUCUCACUCCAAUAGAAGAUCUUCCAAUUUCACACAAUCCUAUCUUCUUCCACGAGACGUCAUGCAGAGGCUACUUAGAUUCUUACGAAAUGUGCGCCAUAGAAUCCGCAGCUCGUCAGCAUUCAGAUUGGAAAAUAUACGUGCUUUUCAGUGGACCAGUCACAGCUGGCAAUUUCAACAAACGUAGUUUCAAAAUGCUGAAAAAGUAUCCGAACGUACAAUUUGCCAGAAUUCGAAUUUUGGAUUACACGAAGAACACUCCAGUAGAGCAACUCGUGCACAGCGGUUCCCUCAACAGGUCGCAAUGGAAAGUAGAGCAUACUUCCCAGAUACUUCGAUUUGUGACUUUGUAUAAACAGGGUGGCGUUUAUAUGGAUUUAGACUUUGUAGUCGCAAAGCCUAUAAGUUCCCUGGCUAGGAACUGGGUGGCAAGAGAAUCUGAUACAGAAAUAGCGGCGGGCAUCCUGGCUUUCUCACGAGACAGUGUUGGCAGAGAUUUUGCUGAAGAGGCAAUAAGAGAGCUAAGCACCAGCUUCACGGAGUCUGACUGGCGGAACAGUGGCUCAGGAGUGGUCACCAGGGUGCUGAAGAAGCGCUGCUCCACCCCACACCCCAGCUACAUGUCUGCGGCCACUUGUGAAGGGUUUGAAGUGUACGGGCCGCAAUUCUUCUACCCAGUAGAAUGGAAGAAUGCUCGCAGUUAUUUCCAGAAAGGAGAUCUAAACGUACAGAAUGCCUACACUUACCAUCUCUGGAGUCACAUUACUAGGAAGUUUGAUGUGUACAUAGGUUCACCGUAUGAAAGACUUACCAAACGGUACUGUCCAGAUACUUUCAAGUUGUAUUAUAGUACUGGUCAAUAAUUUCUAUAUCUAUAUAAAUUAAUUAAUUGUUACAUUGUUCAUUCCUAUUG